AGUGUUUAUUUGACGGAACAUAACUUAAGGACCCCUGUGGAAUAUAUUCAGUAUCCAUCGUGAACUCGAUCUAGCUUCUCUACUUUCGAUCUCACUGAAAAACACACACCAUGUCUCUUGACGAGCAAUUCACCAAAGUCGCCGGCCAGGUGAGGAACUGGAAGACCACCCCCAGCAGCAACGAGAACCUCGCCCUCUACUCCCUGUACAAGCAGGCCACCUCCGGAGAUGUCAACAUCCCUGAGCCCAGCGGUAUCGUCGAGAACGCCAAGUACAAGGCAUGGCUCGGCCGCAAGGGUCUAUCCCAGGAUGACGCUAAGAAGCAGUACGUCGACAUGGCUGAACAACUUCACUCCAAAUACGCAUAAAUUAUAGGAUACCUCUCUAUUUAAAUUAUUUUUUUAAUAAACUUUUGGCCUAAGAAA